AUGAAAGUAGGGAGAAGGAGGGGAACAGAAAAGUACAAAAUCCACUCUCUUCUCGCCCCUCUUGUCUCUCUAUUUUAUUCUCUUAUAUCUUCUUUCAAUCCAUGUCUCUGUCUCCGCGUUCCUCAUCCACAUCCACCGCCUCCAACCCUCACUGCCCGCACCGACAAAGAAGAUGAAGAAAUGAACUUCCUAACUUCUAUCCAUUUGGGUAUGAAGGCUUCUUCCAUGUUGGCUCAAGCUUUCAGUGCAGCUCGUAGCAAUUUGAGCUCUAAUGAUGGUUCACAAAAUGAUAAAUUUGGUAUGAAUUCUAAAGUUGCAUCUGUCAUUAGGGAAUUCACCGAGCCAUUUAGACAAGAUGAUGAUUAUGAAGAUGAUGAAGAAGAAUCAGAGCAUAUGAACACGAUUAAUACCCAUCCUAUGUUGCUAGUUGAAGCUGCUGAUAACUCUAAAGGGUUGCCACCUACAAUUAGGCGUUGUUUCAGCCAUGAAAUGAAAAUGGGAGAGGAUGUUGUAAAAGAUAUGGUUGGACAGACAUCUGGUUUCAUGCCAAGGGAUAUUAGGGAAUUAGUUGUUGAUGCUAGUUCAAGUUUGAUUCCUAUAAAUGGAAAUAGCUUUGAGAAUUUGGGUGACAGCAAAGAAUUCAUGGUCAAAGAUUUGGAGCGGUCAAAGAAAAGGAAUGCAUCGGCUUUGGGGACUCCCAAGGUCCCUAAUGUUAUGUGGGAGGAUGUUGGUGGGCUGGAAGAUGUGAAAAAAUGUAUUAUUGAUAUAGUUCAGAUGCCAAAGUCUCAUCAGCAGCAGGAUAAGGACAGGACCAGAACCGGAUCAUAUGUUGUUGUAGAUAAUGAUGAUUUUCUUUCUUCAGAAUCCGACAUACAGAUGCUUCUCAUCAGACAAAAAUAUGAAGAGUUAGAUGAACUAAGUGCAAGUGUAGAAUGGAUCGGAUCUGUUGGGCUGACCAUACAUGACGAACUCCUUUCACAGGAGAAAAUUAUAGAGGAUGUGGGCUCAGAAAUGGAAAGUACAUCUAAUCGUCUUGAUUUUGUCCAGGUUCUAAUAGCUCUAGCAACCUCCUUCCAUGCCCUGCAGCCUCUCAAAGUUCUUGCAUUUAGGUUAUUCUCUUAG